GGUGAGUCCCCUGGAUCUUGCAUCUUGCCAUCACUCACAUAGGAAGGCCAAGCUCUUUUCAGAUUCCCUUGCAUUGAUCCCAUCCUCACAAGUAGAUAUCGAAGCGACGAAUGCUGCUCUGAAAUUAGGCUAAACAGCAACUUGGCGUCAAUAUUUGUUGGUCUUCACAAUACAAACUCCCAUCAACAUAGAGAUAUAUCACCGCUUAUAUCCUCAGCACUUGGCCAGUUGGUGUCACUACCACAGCGCUGCUGCUGAAUAGACAACACAGUCUGUAAUAAAACAAGAAGGCCCGUUGAUCGCAUCAUGCCCUCCAUAGUAUCGGUCACCAUCCAGUCCGCCAUUCUCAAAGCUGCAGCCAAUCUCACCGCCCAAACGCUCACUUCAUGGGACACGCAGUCACCAGCACCAGUCAACUGGACCCGCGUUGUCGAGUUCGCAGUCUUUGGCAUCGUAUCCGCCCCACUGGCGUCCCUAUGGCAGCAGUUUCUCGAAGAUAGUUUCCCCGGCCAAUACAAGGUCGAUCCGGGAGACUCACGUACUGACCUGACCAACGAUACCAUCAAGAACCCUGCCGAGGCCGGGGAAAAGGCUCAACGGACGCCUGGACUCAAUUGGCGAAACAUCUUCAUCAAGUUGAUCUUAGACCAAACAAUCGGCCAGAUCCUGAUCAACGUGACGUUUCUCAUCUGCACGAAUAGCGCACGACUUCAGAAUUGGUCCUCACUCGUCGAAGAGAUCCAGUUGCGCAUCUCCGGUAUCAUUUGGGCGAGUUGGAAGGUGUGGCCGUGGGUGGCCGUGGUCAACUUCAUUUGGGUGCCAGUGGAAUGGCGAGUGCUCCUGGCGUCACUGGUUGGGUUCGGAUGGAACAUCUUUUUGAGCAUUUUGUCGAUGAGGGAAAAGACAUGA